AUGUCAGACCAUCCUAAACAGUUUUAUUCGACAUCUUCAUGGAUUUCUAGGGCAGGAGUGACUUUAGCAUACACACCUGAAGACACUCUGAAAAGCUUUAUUGUUCCAUUAUCUGGUGAUGCAUCAAUAGCUGAAAAUCACAAACACGCUGCACAUAUUGAUAAUUCACAUCGAGAAGAACAAUUGUCAAAUCUUCCAACCUCUAUCGAUCCUUAUUCGUUAGAAUACCAAAGCAAGAUUCCUUUCCACCCGAAUCGUCCGGGUGAACAAUUUUCCUCUAUUACGGAGUUGAAAUCUGACGCAGACAAGUUAUUUUUCAACUCUAAUCAAUCGGCAAAGACUCAUCUGCAGUCAAAAUAUUCCUCUACUGGGAUUGCACCUGAUUUAGACGCCAGCUUAGCUGAAAGUACUGAUUUGGAGGAAUUUGAACUGCUUGAGCAAUAUGCUGAAUCUGGCUCAUUUUCUGGAAACAAUUUAUCAAAAUCUCUGCGUUCUGAUGUUGAGCACACAGAUCUCCGUCAAUACCUUUCAUCUAAGUUGUUUAAAGAUCAAAACAGCAAUUCUCCAAUCUAUUACCAAGAUUCCAUUUCUGGGUCAGAUAGUUUCCCUAAACUUGCGAUGGGUGUUAACGCUUUUAUCUUACCAACACCUGAACAUGAUGCAAGCAAUAAUGCUUCCACGAUCAUACCACCAAAUGAGGAUCUGCUAGACUUAAAAGGAGACCAGGUCUGCAUAAUCCAGCCUACUCUUACUCAUAAAUCCUUUUCGCCUACUAUGAGCCAAGAAGCCUCUUUAUCUCCUGAUCCUCUCAGUGCUGAACCAACUUCUUUGAAAAUUCAUGAUGAAAAUUCAGUUUCUGUGCCAGUUUCUGUCCAACCAAAAAGGAAGGUGGCACGCCUUUUAUCACAUAAGGAUAAUGAGUCCAUUCUUAGUCAAAGCACUGUGAAAUGGCCUGAACCCGAGUUGGCUAUCCAUCAUUGGCCGAUAAUCACACAGCACAAAUUGCGGUCUCAAUCUGAAAAUCAAACUAAACUAGGAGUUGCUGAUGCAACAUCACAGUGUCUUUUUCCUAGAUUGAUGUGUCGAUCAACCGGUUUAACAAAAAGUAUAGAGGAGAAGUCGCAAACUGAGGAGUCUGUUUGGGACAGACCAGAAAAAACGAACUCCUUACCACAAGCUAGGAGCAACCCUACUGAGCAAGCAACAACAACUGUAGAACCCGUUGCUCAAAAACAGACCGAUCCAAGUAAUAGUUUGAUAUUUUAUAUGGUCGCUUUAAUAUUUUAA